CAGUUCCAUUUUUCCAUCGACAGCAAAUCAUUUCGAGCGCGCGAAUCGUAAUCGUGAUAAUCGUGUCAGAAAGCAAAUACAAUUUGGUGCGCACAUUCAUAUGUUGCAGUUGCAGUCGAGCCAAACGAUUUGUGUCGUCGAUCGCGUGGAAUUUCGCGUGCAAAACGCCGAAAAAGGCCCUCGAGAAAAGUAAAAACACACAGGGCCGCCGUGCAUGUGUGUGUGUGGUACAGUUGGGUAGAAAAACAUCGCCAUCGCGCGUUGCCACCUGGUUGCGUUGCUCCUCUCACUCUUUCUCGUUCCCUCGCAUUUAUAAUUUUUUUUCUUGUUCCGCCACCAUUGCCACCACUUUUUCUGUUCUGCUUUCUGUGCAGCAGCUCAGUUGUUCGGUUCGGUUGUUGUUAUUGUGUUGUGCAUUCUGGCGUUUUGAAAACAACCGAAAUAGCAAUAGGCAAUCUCCUGCCCAAAAAGGAAGAAAAUAAAAAAACAGUUGCCCAUUAAGAGUGGCCAUCCGCAGCAGCAGCAGCAGCAGAGUUGCAGUGAGAGAACAAUAAGCGAAAGAGAGAGCGCGGGCUUGUGAAAGUGCCAGCGAAAAGUGCGAUUAAAUUGAAGGCAAUCUAAACGCCCGAGAAAAUGUUAAGCGAUUUUCGAAGCUACCCAUGAAAGAUGCGAGCUGGAAAAAAAGAGGCAGCUGAAAGCGUCAAGACACGUAAUUGCAUUGUCUACGUGAGGAAUCUGCACGAGGAGCCGUCUUUGCGUAAGGGCACGCCAUCCGGUCAAUUGAAAAGGAGGGAUACCCAAGGGGAGGUGCAGCAGGAGCUGCGAGGGACCCGCUCAAGACGUCAAUCCGUCGUCCAGGAGAAGCUCACUCCGCGGACCAGGCACGCUGUGAAGCCAGCAGCGUUAUCGCCAUCAUCACCGCCGCCAUCGGCGCGUUCCAAGCUCAUCAGGGAGUCGGCUGUCAAGGAGCAGCCAUCCAGCAAUCUGGCCAAGCGACGCGGCAAUGUGCUGCUGGGAGGCAGCAGUCAUCACCUGGCCAUUAGUGCCCACAAGCUGGGUCUGGUCAAGCCACAGCGACGGCGAUCGAUUCAAGCGGAGACGCCCAAGAUGUUCAAAAUGGUGUCCAGCAAGCGUAUAUCGGCGAGUCCGCCGCCCACCAUUGCGGCCAGUCGUUCGCGCCGAUCGAUCAAACCGAAUCCAAAGUAUCUCAGCGAGGAUAUAGUGACGCCAAAGUACGUGGCCGCCCUGUCCGAUGGCGGUGGCCAGUCCAUCGGCAGUCGCGGCAGGCGGACCAAGCGUCUGUUUUCGAACGACGAUGAAAUCAGCGAUAUGAUGGAACUCGACGAGGACGAUGAUGACGAAGUGGCGGACGCCGCCUUCAAUCCGCAGCUGCACAAGUCCGACGAGGACGACGACGACGAUAUAAGCGAGGCCGAGUACGAGCAGGAGCUGCGACGCAAGCAGCCGCCCGUCAAGCGUGGACGUGGACGUCCACCGAAGGCGAAAAAUGUCAAUGCCAAUGCCAGCGCGACCAGCGCCGGCAAUCUGACUUCCAACAACGGCGCCACACCGAAGAUAUCCAUAAAUUCGAGCAGCGGCCGCACUGCGUCCACUAGCCUGCAGCAGAUGCGUCGCACAAUGGCCACGAAUAUGGCCAAAAGCAAUGCCAGCAUGACAGACGGAUCGGGCACGGACAAGCGCACUGCGUCCGCCACGGCCAAACGUAAAAUGGACACUAGCGAAAACGAGAGUCCUGUGCCACGCAAGCGCAUCAUCAUCUCGGGCGGCUCCCAGCAGCGCAGCGGAGCGGCCGUGGUGAAUGGCGCCACCAGCAAGAUGAGUGCGCAAAGUGCGAGCACGGCGCGGCCCAAGGUGGGCCAGGCGGGCAGUGUGUCAGCCAGGAUGCUGCCACAGCGACGCGGCAGCAGUAAUAAGAUAAACUCAUCGGCGAACUCCAAUUCGAAUUCGAUCAGAUCCACGUCCGCAACGCGCUCAACUGGCGGUGGUGGUGGUGGCAAGGGUGGCAAUAGCAAUGAUGCGAAAAACGAUUCCGAAUCGGAGGAUAUGCCCACAUUCACCAUUGUGAACAUCGAUGACAUUAUCAAUCAGGACGAUGUGCUCAUUUCCAGAUCAAACACUGCUAUGGCCUCCGCAGCCGGCGUUAAUCCAAUCAAAAAGGUCGCUUUGGGCAGGCCCCGUACCAAGAAUAUCGGCACCGGCCAUUCGGGUGCCGGCGAUAAGAAAUCCAUCACUGUCAACAACACACAGAAAUCCCUGCCCGCUGCUGCGAAUCAAAAUAACACGACGGCGGGCAAUCAGGCCAAGCGCAUCAAGAUCCUGGCCAGCAACAGUAGUGUCAAUACCAAAAUGGGACCCGUGCAUAUCCAGAGUCAACUGUCCAAGCCCCGGCCCAGGAUACUCAACGCGGAAAUGGGCAAGAAGACGCAGUCGAUGAAGCCGCUGAUGAGCAUGGGCAAGGAGCUCUGUCCCACGGACGUCGACACCGAAGAGGACGAUCCGGAUCCAGAUCUCGAUUUCGAUAUCGAUAAUAUACCGGUAUCUAUUGUGACCCGUAAAAAUGCCAAUGCCAAUGCCAAGCCCAAGCAGGUAACGACGACGACGACGGUGGCGUCGUCGGCGGCGGCCGCUCCAGCAGCAUCCGCGGUCAACAAGUUGAACAACAAUCGGCGCAAUGUGCUGUCCACGACAGCGUCGUCGGUGAAUGCGCGGAUUGCGAACCGGAGGCUGAGCAAUCUGCUGGCCGAUAACGAUGUCCAGACGGUGUUCAAGAAGCCGAGCGUGCUUCCCCAGCGUCGCAGCAAGGAGAACCAUUUGCUGCUGCAGCAGGAGCAGCAGCGCGACAAGGAGCAGACAACGCUGCGCGAAAUAUUGCCCACCGGCGGUGGCGACGACUCCAACAGUCCAAAAUACUUUCCGCCCGAGACCACAACGUUUCACGAGGAGGAUGGCCGUGUGGUGAAGAAGAUCACCUGCUACGAGACGUGGAAUGUGGUUAGCACGGACAAGGAAACGUCGCCGAAGGUGACGCGCCAGCAGAGCACCUGCCUGGAGCUGGCGCUGGUCAAGCUGGCCAAUGUGGCGUCACGGAUUAGGGUGCCAUCGGGCAAAUGGACCAGCAAGGUGACGCUGUACAAGGUUGCGCCGUCGGUGAUGCCCCGCCAGACAAUGACCAUCUUUACGGGCGAUCUCAAGGCGUACAACAUACCCGAGGAGGACCGCCACAAGUACCAGCCGUCGUGCGUGCUCUUCCGGCGCGCCGUCGUCGACAAGAACAAGUGUCGGGUGCCCUACGAUCGGGCCGUCAUCUUCAAGAACAAGUGCUUCUAUGCGAACAUCGAUGGCAAGCAUGUAAAUCUGUUGGGCGCACCCGAGACGGUUGCCACCGUCAAGGAUGUGGAGAUCCUGCUGGACGUCGUCGAUCGCCUAUCGAUCAGCAGCAAUAUUGUCGAGCUGGUCAACGCCAAGUGAGCGUGGAGUCCUGGUCCACGGUGGCCACAUGAAGAGCACGUAUCACAUUGUAAAAAUAAUUCACACACAGCACUCCCCUGCCCAUCCCCCGCCCCCUACACACACACACCUACAAACACAAACACAAACAAACAAAGCGGACACUCGAUAAUUCGUUUUAUGCAGUAGUUGUAUUAAAACGGAUGCAAGUUUUUUUUUGUAAAACCAUUAACUUAGUUUUAAUAGCUAGUGUAGCGUAAAUUUAUGUAUAUUUAUAUAUAUGUAUAUAAAUAUAUAUUUAUACACGUAUAUAUAAAUAUAUAUAGGCAUAUAUAUAUAUAUAUCUCGUAUAUUCUAAACAGCGGACGGACAUACAUAAAUACACAAAGCGGAUGUAUCUAUGUAAUAUAAACUAAACUAUAGAAAACAAUUAAUCGUAAAAUGCUCGCCCAACUCUCGAAGUGAUUGCGAACUUCCGGGUGGUCGAGGUAUAUCAUGAUCAUGUUUUUAAUUUUAAGUGCGUUGGAUUACAUAGCCCCCCUUCGCCUCCUUUUUUUUUAAAUUGCUAUUAUCGUGGUCGAUUUAAUAAUAUAAAACCGGGCGUACAUGUGCCUACGCCCGCGUGGAGGACUAGCCAGUAAGUUAGUCGAGUGUAUAUCUAAGUGAUCCCAAUUCAAAGCAUACAAAUAAAAGCGAAAACUGAUUUAAAUAACGAG